UCAAGGCGAGGGGGGAACAAAAUGUUAAUAUAUAUAUAAAAACAACACAUUUUGCCCUUUGUUGUCACAGGAACAACAACAACAACAUCUUCGCCCGCCACAUAGCCCAGCUGAUAGGUCGAGCCGAAGCUCGACAAAAAAUGUGAGAGAAGAGCCUUAAAGCCCAAGCGCCCCCUUACCACCUGUAUGCCCAGAAGGCCCUCCACCAGCGGCAGUAUGUCCAGAUGAGGAUUUAAGGACACGGAUAUACAUAUAUAACACUCGGCACAUUCAGCAAAAAGUUCUUACUAGCAAUUAACAACAUUUGGAGCUACAAAAUUUAUUCUUUCGGAAACUGUGCAAUCAAACUAACUUUGGACAAGGAUCAUGGCUCAUUUUAGUGGACGACAGCCGCAGCAGCAGCAGCAACAGCAACAGCAGCUGCCUGCAGUGCCAGCUCAUUUUAAGGACCUUUUCACCAAUGGCAAUCUCCGUGGAGAGGAUGGCCAGGAGAAUCAGCUCAACAACAAUAAUAAUAAUAAUAACAAUAUAAAUGGCCAAACUGAUCCUGCCUGCUGGGUUUUUGGCUAUGGUUCACUUUGCUGGCAUCCUGGCUUCACCUACACCAAAUGCAUAACCGGUUAUAUACGAGGUUAUGUCCGGCGCUUCUGGCAAGGCAACGUAACGCAUCGGGGCACCGAAGAGAAGCCUGGACGUGUUGCAACGCUGGUGGAGGACAAAGAGGGCAUUACAUGGGGCUGCGCAUAUAGAAUAACAGGAAACACAGCUCUGGAAUACCUGAAGCAGCGUGAAUGCACUUUGGGUGGCUAUGCCACGCUCGAUACGAAAUUCUUUCCCCGCGUUGCCUCCCACGAUACACCGUUCAGUGGCGAGGCUGUCGAAGUUCUGGUCUAUGUGGCCACACCCGAGAAUAUACACUGGCUAGGCGAUGGCACAUUGGAGCACAUUGCCCAACAGAUUGUCGAAUGCCGUGGACCGAGCGGACACAAUGCCGAAUAUCUACUGAGACUGGCCCAAUUCAUGCAUGAAGAGAUACCCGGUGUGCGCGAUGAUCAUCUAUUCGAGCUGGAACGACUGGUGCUCGAAGAGAUUUAUCGCAGGGAAAUACCGCUUAGCUCUGUCAUGGGCAGAAAUCCGGAACGUAUACGGCGUGACUCUCAUGAGGAUAUACGUCGUCCGCCAUCGUUUGAAUUUACAUCCCGCAUACCUGAGACCAAAUUGCGUUGCCUGAACAUUUGAUCCUCAUGGAUCUUACAGUCAGGGUGGGCGUGGCGGCAAAGUGAUAUACAAAGGGCGUUUAUUGCUACAACAAAAUUCCAAAAUUCAUGAAACUCCCUUUAGGCCACACAUUAUUUUUUAGGAAACUAACGCACAGAGUCUAACCACAAAAGAAAAAAAUUGAAUGUAUUCUCUAAAUUGUAAAUAACUCUCCCUCUUUAGGCCAUAAAAAUAUCCUCCGAUAAGUGAUCUGAUUUAGUUCAAUAAGUCAUUUAGAUUUAAGUUAGAUUCUAGAUUUUUUAAGAUGAGAAUAAUUCCAUGAAUGGAAAAUGUAUGAAAAAUAAAAACUAAAAUCGAAAUGUAA